CAUGGUUACACGCAGUUUGCACUACUAACUUGGGAGGUUGCCAGUGAUGUAAGCGGUCCCAUUUACACGGCUGAUGUUCCAAGCGAAGACAUCAUCCCACUUACCAUAAAGAGAGCCGCUAUCGAUGCAUAUUCUCUUGUUCAAAGAUGCAAAGAGGAGCAGGAUAUUCUGGAACAAGAAAUGGCCAAUUGUAUAGACGAUUUUCACACAAGCUGCACUGAGUUAGAAAGUCGUUUGGAAAAUCUUGAAAACAAUGAGAGCUUUUCUACUUCUCAUUUGCUGAAGGGAUUAUAUUCCUUGCAAAGGAAGCAGCUCGAUUGGGAACGUUUCCACUUAUUCGUCGCAUGCAACCUUUAUCAAGAGUCGAUUACGGUAUGUGAGGAUGUACGUCAGUAUGUUGAUGAACAUAUCAGAAAAACGGGAGUGGAGUAUGAAUGUGAUGCAGAAGACAUAGACGAUGAUGACGAUGGAGAAGAGGAAAACAUUCUAGAUGACGAUAACAGUGAUAGUUGGCGUUAA